AAUCUGAGUUUUGUUUGUUAAGGUUGGUGUGUGUCUGGGUGGCAUGGACAUGGAGAGGAGUCGGAUCUGUUUUGUGUGAGGGUCGUUUCUUCCUCCGUGUCCUUCUUCUCUUUCCCUUUUCUCAUCUUUCAUUACCUCCUCCUAAUUAUGGGAGCGGAAAACUCCUCCACCUCCGAUUCCAACGAAAAUAACAGACGCAGCACACUUGUCGUCUUGAAUGUCUACGAUCUCACCCCUAUCAAUAAUUACAUGUACUGGUUUGGAUUUGGCAUCUUCCAUUCCGGCAUUGAAGUGCAUGGGAAGGAGUAUGGAUUUGGAGCCCAUGACUUCCCAGCUAGUGGAGUUUUUGAAGUGGAGCCAAGGAAGUGUCCUGGAUUCAUAUUUAGACGCUCUCUCUGUUUGGGUCAAACCAAUAUGAAUUCUUCUGAUUUCCGGACAUUUAUUGAAAACGUGGCUUCUGAGUAUCAUGGGGAUACCUAUCACCUUAUAUCUAAGAACUGCAAUCACUUUACAGAUGAUGUCUCAUAUAGAUUGACUGGGAAACGAAUCCCGGGUUGGGUAAAUCGACUUGCUAGGCUAGGUGCUUUGUGUAGCUGUCUACUUCCUGAAAGUCUUCAAGUAACAAAUGUUAAACAGCUACCUGAAUACCAUGAAUGCUCAGAGGAUGAAUUUGUUGAAUCUCUAUCGACUGCCACACCCACCCCCCGUGGUUCAACAGAAAUAGAUGAUGACCAAGAAAAGCACCUUCUUUCACCAGCAUCUGGAACUGAGGAUGUUACGUUCAUUAAAGAGGCCCAAGUAAAGUGAUUGUAGUGUCUUCAAGGUUAGAAAACACUUGGAUAACACAGGCUGUCUUCGCUUGAAUAUUUAUCCAUUUGAUUUGCAGUGAUUCUUUUCUCCCAAAUUUUUCUUUUCUUUCCAUGGCUUUCUUGCAUUCCCUUUGGUUCAUUCAUUGUAACUGAAGAGUCCAAACUGUAUCUAGUGCUGUGUUGUUUAUGUAUAAAGGUUUAUCAUGGGGCUUGUUUGUUUGUGUGUAAUUUUUUGGGGGGUUUGAAAGUUUGGGGAGUGUUGGGGCUCCCAAGUCUUUGUCAUGUAAAUUGUAAAUGACAUAAGACAUCCAAACUUAGUUAUGAAAUAUUCUGUGAGUAGAUAAGCCAGUUUGUUUGAGGAAUUAGUGUGCGUUUGGUAACAAUUUAUUUUUAAGAAAUAUUCGUUUAGUUUUUAGAAUAUCUCUCAGGAAGCUGGUAAAAGCAAGGAUUUUUUUUUUAAAAAUUAGCUGAACCAAAUACUGUAAAAUGUUUUUCAGUUCGUGGAUUGAGUCUUUAUAGUUGUUUUAAUGAAGCUGGUAUUUUCCUGCCCGACAGUAAAAGAAAUGACCUCUGUAAGCAAGACUGGAUCAGAAAACUUCUAUUCUUUCUGGAAAUUUCUGUUAUAAGAGUGGUGAAUUGCCAUGGCCUUUGAUACCAUCUUUGGAGGGGAAAGAGGUGGCAUGGGGAACUCGUGAGGGCAUUUUUGGCCCUUUCCAAUUACCAUUUUCGUGUGAAGGAAGGUUGCAACAUACGAAUCGGGGAAUGUCUAGUUUCAAUAUGGUAUUUACGUAUUGCUUAUAUAUAAUUUAA